AUGGCCAUACAAAUUCGUGAUGUAAUUUGUUUGAAACUUGCUGAUACUCUAAAUAAUUCUACUAGUGAUAAUAAUAAUGGUAAUGAUAAUAAUGCCGGUUAUAUUAGUGAUGAUAUGAUUCAACAAAUUCUAAAAAUUAUCAAAUGUGAUAUAAAAUUAGAUGCCGAUAAUGAAAUACGUAAAGAUAAAGGUUUAGUUGGUUUUCUGAAUCGUCCACGAAACUGGAAAAACCUUUGUAUGAAUAUGUUAGACGAUCCGGCAAAAAUCGCUAUUCAAGAGCCAUUUGGUAAACAACUUUUGGAAAGUUUAAUAAAUAUUGGUGAUUCUAGUGGUAGUGACGACGAUAUAAAGGAUUUGAGAAUUGAGCAUGAUACGGCAUAUUGUGAUGAAUUAUUGGUUAUGAGAAAAUACUUUCAAGAAACUUUAUUACGUGAAGUUGAAUUUUGUAAAAUUUUGAAGAAAUUUUUUGGAACAGAGGAUAUCUUUGAGGAAGCCAAUAAUCAUAUUACCAAUAGCAAUCUUCUUGCUGCUAUUGAAAACUUACUGAAAGCAGAAAGUAAACGAUAUCAUUUACUUGCAUUCGCUAAAUCCCGCAACGAAUUUGAUACUAUUAAUAAGUUACUUAUACCGUAUUAUGAACCGAUUGAAUGGAUUUAUGAAAAAUUUAUCAAUGAAGCAAAAUAUUAUUGCAUUCGAGCCAUUGAUAUUAUGCGUGGUAAAAAUUCAGAACCAAAAAAGCAACUUGAAGUAAUUCUUCGAGCGAUUGAAAUUGAUGAAAAAAUUGAUAAAUUAUAUGAGAAUUAUCAGCUCAAAAUUGCAAAUCGUCCACAUUGUUGGCGUGAAAUGCUUUUUAAAAUAAUUGAAGAACGUGUACAACAACGUGUAGAAGCUUUUCAAAUUGAAGAUCGAAAGUUAAAUCAAAAUUGGGUGAUAAGAAAUUUGGAAAUAUGUCGAUUGUAUAUAGUGGAAGAUUUAUAUGCGGCCAAGCAUUUCUUGCGAAUUUUCCCGAAGGAUCAUCAACUUUACAACAAUUUCAUUACAUUCUAUCAUAAUGGAAUUGCUAAUAAAAUUUCUGAAUUGGCAAAAGGUGAAUUAAAUAAGCGUGAAUUAAUACAACUUUUAAGUUGGAUAAGGCAGUAUUCCGGAGAACAUAUGCUUGGUAUGGCAUUUCUUGAAAUUGAUGUAAUAUCACUUGUUCAACAUAAGCCAUUGUUAAAGCAAAGUGAAUUAAUACGCCUUUUUGAAAUGUUUAUUGAAAUAAUAAAAUCAGAAACAACAAAAUGGGCGCUGAAAACUGUAAAGCAAGAAUUUGCUAAUAUUGAAGAAUUGCGAAACAAUAUAUUGGAAGAUGAAUUCGGACAUUAUUAUACUCAUUUACCUCAUAUACUUUAUUCAGUUGUUAAUGAUCAGAUGACUUUGGCUUGUGAAAUUUCGGAUGAAAUUGUACCACAGGUUUUGAAUGAAUGCCUAAAUGAAUAUAUUAGGAAUAUUUGUCCUCAAUUAGAAGAAUCUAUCAUCGAGCUGAAAAAUAAGAAAGGAAUGUAUCAGAAGGAACAAAAUGAGGAAUAUAUUAAAAUAAUGGUAUUAAAAUAUUAUUUUUUUUAG